GACCUUUUACAUCGAAAAUUUGGCUUUCUCUUCAUAGUUCUGCGCAAAACGAAAUGUUUGAAAAAUGAAUGAAUAAUUAUAUCACGCACCGUGUUCUGUUGAAGGUGCACCUGUAAACAUGGCUACAGUGGAACUUAUUGUGAUCAAGUGAACAUGUGUGUCACGGAACACCUCUGUGAGCCUCACGGCCAGUGCUCAAAGGUCAAGGGCAGGUCAUCACAAUUGGGCCACGUGUACAGGUGCAACUGCUCAGAGGGAUACAGAGACGACCCCACAAGUCCAGUGCCUGAUUGUACCAUACUUAAACAGUCUCUCUUCGCCUACAGAGACUACACUCCUCCCUUCGUGUAUUACGUCAUAGUCGGCUGCUGUGUCGUGUCCAUUAUGCUCGCCUACUUCAUUGUUCACAUGGAAAAGAGAAGGAAAAGACCAGGAAAAUUAAAUCAAAAGAGACUAAAAAGAGAAAAUUUGAGGGAGCAUUUGGAAAAGAAACAGAGACCUCAAUCAUCUUCUGGACAAUCGGAAACAGGAACAUAA